AUGACGGCAUCGACGCCGUUCUCAUACACGAAUGGCUCCACGAUAAAGACUUCAUCGAACUACUCAUCCUAUCCCGAAACUACACGCCCUAUCUACACAAUGUCACAUCUGAACGGGCAACUGAACGGAAUGAGCCUAAACAAUCCAGUUCCGCCAGAGCAGGACAGUCCGAUAAUCUCGGUGGAACUUGAACGUGGUGCUCGUGGAUUCGGUUUCUCGAUUCGUGGUGGACAAGAAUUUGGUGCCAUGCCUUUGUUUGUUCUGCGAAUCGCUGAAGACGGUCCAGCAGCCAAUGAUGGCCGAUUGAGGGUAAGGCCUUGUUAA